GAAGGUGAAGGUGGAGGGGGCCGGUGGAGGCAACAGGAGCCGGUGCAGCCGGAAAGAGACCAAACAUCGCCGUGAAAAACGCAGCGCAAUGGGAAAAUGCUUCUGGUAAUCGAAUUGACUGCCAGUGUGAAGAGUUCGUUAACGUUUCAAUAAUCCCAAUCGGAAAAUAAGAGAGAUAUAUAUACCACACGCACACACAUAUAUAUUUAAUUACAAUCGCGGUUGGGCCUAAAGAAAGGAGCCCCGGCCCCGUUAUCGGUGACAACCAACGUUGGAUUGCAAUGUUUUUGUUUUACAAUCGACGCCUCUUUGUGAUUCAACUCAUUGAGAUCCUGCUGCUGCUGCUAACCGACCACAAUGGACUGACACUGACCAAGGAGCCGACAACAGUUGCCGCCGUCAGCCAACCGAAGAACUCAACCGCACUCAAGCCGUAUCUGCAGAUCCAAAAGCACGCCGUCACCAAACUGACCAUCAGCAAGCCCCACUCCUCCUACUAUCUGCCAUGCAUCCCCAUCCUAAAUCCCUACAACUACGAGCAGGACAACCAACCCAUCUACUGCAGUUGGUAUCGGAAUGACGUGGCUGUCGAGCAACUGUCUCUUCGCAAGAAUGACUUCUUCAUCUAUGAGAAUGGAACACUGCGUCUGCCCACCAAUGAGAAGGCCAGUGGAGUCUAUCACUGCAAGAUCGAGUGGGAUGAGUCGGCGGUAAUAUCUGAUCGGAUCACUGUUGAGUAUCCAGUUCUCAAGCGCCUUUUUCCGGGUCAGCAGCAAACGGCCAACAUAAGUGCCGUGGAGCACAAACCCCUUGUGCUAAACUGUCCCUUCCUUAGUGUUCCAUCAGCCAAGAUUAGCUGGUACUUUGGCAACGAUUCCCUGGCCAAUGACAACAGUGCUCUCAUUUUGUCAAAUGGCACUUUGGUGUUGCGGCAUUUGCGCCUGGAACAGGCUGGUAAAUACAAAUGCUUGGCCCAGAACGUGUUCGCCGGCAAGAUACACCGCCAGUUCGUCUGGCAGCUGCGCGUGGAGCCCAGUGGCGGGACCUUCUAUACGGAUAACCAGGUGGGUGGUUCGGAAACGUCCGUUUCGGAGACCCAACUCCUGCCGGCCUUCCAGAAUGCCACCGUCUACGUGCCGUCCGGCGGAUCCGUGCUGCUGCAGUGUCAUGCAGUUGCGGAUUUUGUGCCCAUCGAAUGGUACUUGCUGUAUCCAAAUAACACAGUCGUCUUGCUAAAUAAUAACAGCGUGGCGUUGUCCAUCACCAAUGCGAGUAGGUUGCAGCACGAGGGGCAGUACAAGUGCAGGACACCGCUGGAGACGCAAACGUUCCACGUGAUCGUGACCAGUCCACCGCGAAUUGUGAACGGUCUGCCCGUGGAGCUGGUGUACAUCAGUCUGUCGAAGACGUUGAGCUGCCGUGCGGAGGGUAAUCCGGAGCCAACUAUCAGCUGGUAUCAUAAUGGUGCCCCAUUGAAUAGCUCUUACACCCGGUACAUCAAUGGGAAUGAGCUGCAGAUACACUCUUUUGAUCCCGAGGAAGAGGGUAUAUACCAGUGUGUGGCCCGGAAUGUGGCUGGCGAGGAUUCGGCCACCGGUGAGCUGCGUUUCAAGCAUCAAAUGGAGCAUGUCAAUAUGCUGCAGAAUAUACGCUGCUAUCCGCACAGCUUUCAUACCAUCAACAUCACCUUCGACAGCCGAAUGCUGGAGUCCAUGUUUGUGGUGUAUAUUGUGCGCAGUAAUCCCCAUAGCUGGACCUCCUUUGCACCCAUGAAACUCAAUCAGACUUCGUAUGUGGUGAUAUCCACCAAUCUGCCGGUGUAUCAGCCUUUUGCUCUGAUCACUCGCUUCCUGUACCCCAUAACGGAGGUGAGGAGUGGCACCUUGGUGCCGCAGCAGAUGAUUCUCAGCUCAAAUCGCAGUCCACCGGUCACCUGCUGCACCCAGGGAUUGAUGCUGCGACCCAUUGCCGUGGGCAACGAUACUUUUGUGAAAUGGUCGCAGGGUCAGUUGGAGAACAAGAAGUACUUCAUCUUGCAGUUCUCCAUCAAUCACACGAAUCCCCAUCCGGAGCAGCUGCUCAAUGGUUCGCUAUAUGGCACCCUAUCACCCGUGGAGGAGAAGGCCGACGAGGUUCGUCGCCAUCUGACCAUAAUCCAGCCCCUGAAUCAAACAGCUGCUGCCACUGUGCUCCGGAAUGCUGAACAUGAGCAGGACACCGAGAAUGAUGAGAUGACCCUCGAGCUGGAGGAUGACAUCUUUAGCUUGGUGGUGGAUGCCAGUGUGACGGGGGUGCUGCUGCAGCGCUUCACGCGGAUCAAGAUGCGAGUGCUGAUCAUCACCAGCGAGAACGAGUUCCUGGGUCAGGACUUUCGCUACGUCCAGUGGAAGAUUAUCGAGAAUGGUACCUCGGAGCAGGCGAAUAUGCCCUUUCGCCUGGUCACCAUUGAGUCGCGGGCGCUGGCCUUCAAGUUCCUGGACAGCCUGAAUGAGACCUGUGUGGUGGAGUGCCACAUGGUAAUCCCGAUGCCGUUUCCCAAUCAGGAACCAAAGUGCCAGGAGCGCAACAUUUCCAACUCCAUGCUGCUGGUGACCGGACUCAUGGCGGAUAAUCGUUACAAUUUGCAUUUUUACAACUGCAGGACACGCAUCUUUUACGGGGAAAUAGAUGUUAAGACGGAGCAGGACCCUCCCGGGACCAUUAGCAAUUCAAAACUAAUCAAGCAGAAUGGCCUAAAGCUAAUGUGGGAGCCACCAUUAAAUCCCAAUGGACGAGUCCAUCACUAUGACAUCAGAUGGACCCUGGACAAUGUCACCCACGAGGCUAUAGUUAAGGAGUGCAGAUCCUGCUCUUACAAGUUUCCCAACGUUUCAGAGACUGCCAAAAUCCAUGUGGCUGUUCGCGUCAUGGGCGACACGGGUGCCGGCGCCCCGAUGUACUUUGACAUGGCAAAUAAUAACCACAGUCUGCUUGAAAUGGACACCGAGUCAUCGCGCUCGGAGGUAUACAGCGGCAUUGCCAUCGGCUCGCUGCUCUCCAUCGCCUGUGUCCUGCUCUUUGGGCUUUUCAUCAUUUUCCAGCAGCGGCGCUUCAAGGCUCGAGCCCCAGGGCCCGCCCAUUUGACAACGCCCACGGACAUCACUUUCGGUAAUCUGAGCAGUGCCUCAGGAAUGCCCGGCGACAGUGCCGGCGGCCUGAGUGGCGGCACCUUGCAGCAGGAUUGCCACGAGAUGCAAACACUGAUUCCGCGGUCGCGCUACCACAUCGAGUUGCUGCCGGAGCACACGGGUCUGGAGUAUCAGACCAGUUCGGCUGCUGCUGCUGCUGCUGCGGUUGUCCAUCUGGCCAAUGGCAAUGGCAGUGUUCAGGUGGCGAGGCGUGCGGAUCUGGAUGGAGUUCAGGCUGAUCUGAGCAUAGCCGGCGUUCACAACCUGUCGCAGUUGCCGCUGUGCGCCGUAGGGACAUCGCCGGAGCGCAAGACCGUGCAUGAUGCCAUGCUGCUGGAGGCCAAGGCAUUCUAUAUACCCUACCGCCACACGCCACCCAAUGCGGUGGCUCUGAGUAGCAGCACCAAGCAGUGUCCGGCUAAUAGCUCCGAGUUGGAGGUGAUUGUGCCACCCAACUCCUUGCCACUGGUCAGCACCAUGGCAGGUUUGGGUGGCAACGGCGGAGGCGGAGUAGGAGCUGGAGGGGCAGGAGGAACAGGCUCAGCCCGACGCAGUGGAAGCCUGAGCAGCAGCAGUGCCAGCAGCAGCAGCAAUGGUAGCAGCAAAAAGCAGUUUCACACAAACUUUGUGCGCCACUCGAAUUCCAACGAUGGGAUUUGCCUGCUGGCCGAGGAGGAGGCGGCCGCCACCCUGACACCCACCUCGGAGCGUGAAUAUGCGGCCGUGUGUCUAACCAACGGUUUCAAGCUGCCCGCCGACGUGGCCAAGUCGGGUAGCUAUAGUACCAACAACAAUAACAGCAGCAGCAACACCAGCAACGGCAGCCAUCUCAGCCAGAAGUCAGGAGGUGUCUCUGCCUCUGUUCCUGGCACAGUCACUGCCACUGCCACUGCCACAGUCACAGCCACUGCCGGUGUUAAAGCACCAACAACCACCGCCACCAAGGAUCGCCAGCCGCGUGGCAAUGGCAAUCCGAUCUCGUUCAGCCACAAUGCAUCCAUAGUUCCUGCCAACGGACCAGCCUCCGUUAACCACACGUCAGCAGUCAAGCAGUCGUGGCCGGCGGCGACAGUGGUCCAUCGCCGGGCCCAGGUGGAUCCCAAUGGGUGAAGCAACCAGUAUUUAUACCUAGCUACUACCACAUAGAAGCAAAGAAAGCAAAACGAAGGGAAAGAUUACAUAAGUAAAACACAUUCACAGCUCGAAACAUUCCAAAAGAAUAUAUGAAUAGAUACGGAUAGAAGGAUCACUAAGCGUGAUGAUGAUUUAGCAUUUAUAAAGAGUACAUUUUAUAAAUGUAAAUAUUUAGUAACUGAAACUAUGGAACUAUGGGAGAAAUGAUUAAUUAAGCUGAUAUUUAUACACACACACCCACACACACACAGAGACAGACAGACACACAUACACAGAGUGUCUGCAUGGAACGGAAGUAGACGCUAAGUUCUAUGCUAUAGUUUUUCGCCUUUCUACAUUUCUUACACCGUAUUAUUGUAAUUGUUUAGUUUUUGUUUGUUUUUUCGUUAAUUGAGGCUAAUUUUUUACACGUACGUGUAUGCAUAAUUUAUUGUUGCUUGUCGAUGCAGAACAGCAUAAACAUAAACAUAGACAUAGACAUAAACAUAUAAGCAUUUUGCACCGCGCAGCCCGCAGCCCGCAAGUAUGUAUUACAUACAUUUGUCGCCCGAUAAUUACUGCGUUUAACAACUGCAUCGAAUUCAAUUACACUCUCAUACAUAGUAGGCAAUACGUAAACAGAAGAGCCAAAAAACCACACACACACACACACACACCCUGCAAUAGCCCAGAGAAAGCCACAACCACAGCCACCACACACCCACUCAAAUACCACUCGACCGCAAUAGUCACAAGUGUUCACAUAUCGAUUCCGAUUUAAAACGUAAUAUACAUAUAUUCAAUA